AUGACUCGCGAGUCUACCGAGUCAGACCGAGUCUUGCCAGAAAACGAGUCUGGCAGCGAGUCGGCUCGUUUUCCCUAUGCAGACUCGCGAGUCUACCGAGUCAGCGAGUUAACUCGCGAGUCUGACAACAUUGCUUGUCCCAACUUGUCCCUUGUACACCCCUACACAGUGGUGAAGGGAGAAGAAGGCGACAUAAUGAUGUUGAUCACACCGAUUCAACUGAAAGGUGAUAAUUAUGAGGAAUGGGCAAGAGCAAUGCGAAAUGCACUGCAAGCAAAGAAGAAAUUGGGCUUUGUUGAUGGGACAUUGACAAAACCAAAGGAUGAUUCUGCUUAUGCGGAAGAUUGGUGGGUGGUGAACUCCAUGCUGGUUGCAUGGAUCUUGAUUACCAUAAAGCCAAGUUUGCGCUCUACCAUCACAUAUAUGCAGAGCGCCAGAGACUUGUGGGAGGAUAUUGAACAGAGGUUCUCCAUGGGGAACGGACCACGUAUUUAUCAACUAUCUGGCUGCAUGUAA